GUUUUAGCUUGGAUUUCAUGAUUCCCUUGUUCUAGAGGAGUGGAACUCCAGUUCUGUGCUGGUUUGUAGUUCAACAGCUGCCUUAAGCCUCACCUAAGAAACUAAAGACCCAGGUUUGUGACUGUACCAAGAGGUCCAAGGUCUUCUCCCUGUGUGGUUGGCAGCUGAGCUCAUGUGGUCCCUUCGUUAAUGGCUUGGGAUCUCUGCAGGGAAACAGUGUGUUGUUCUCUUUGGAUUGGUAUUCUAGUAGAUUUCAACAAUGCAGACGAUCAAGUGUGUAGUAGUGGGUGAUGGUGCUGUUGGUAAAACCUGUCUCUUAAUUUCUUAUACAACAAAUAAAUUCCCAUCGGAAUACGUACCAACGGUUUUCGAUAACUAUGCUGUAACAGUGAUGAUUGGAGGAGAGCCUUACACCCUUGGCCUCUUUGAUACUGCAGGUCAGGAAGAUUACGAUAGAUUACGACCCCUCAGCUAUCCACAGACAGAUGUAUUUCUGGUCUGUUUCUCAGUGGUCUCUCCUUCUUCAUUUGAAAAUGUGAAAGAAAAGUGGGUACCUGAAAUUACUCACCACUGUCCAAAGACUCCUUUUCUGCUUGUUGGGACCCAGAUUGAUUUAAGGGAUGAUCCCUCAACAAUUGAGAAACUUGCCAAGAACAAGCAGAAGCCCAUAACUCCAGAGACUGCUGAAAAGCUGGCCCGGGACCUGAAGGCUGUAAAAUACGUGGAAUGCUCUGCACUUACGCAGAAAGGCCUAAAGAAUGUAUUUGACGAAGCGAUAUUGGCUGCCCUGGAGCCCCCGGAGCCGAAGAAGACUCGCAGGUGUGUGCUGCUAUGAACGUCCCUCCACAGCCCCUUCUGCAAAGCUGGUGUUUGAUGUCAUACUAAAAGCAAUGUUAAAAUCAAACUAAAGAUAAAAUUUUAAAAUUUGUUUUUGCAAUAAUGACAAAUUCCCUGCACUCCCAUCUCCCCCACACGAUACCUGUGUGAGAUGAGAAUGUUAGUGUUUAUUCCCCCGUGCCCCCUCAAUUCACUUAAACUAGUUAAUUUUGAGUAAUUAUGUAUUAUCAGAAGACACUGAUCAUUACUAGUUUUUUAUUUUGUUUAUUGUUUCUAAUUUUUUUUUUUUUAACAUCAAGGCAUGCUCAAUGACUUUUUCUAUAACAGACUAAUUUUAGGCUGUUUAACUGAAGUCUUGCCCCUUACGCUGGUGUGGCAAGACUUGGUUCUGGUUUCUAGACCUUGUAGGGCUGUUCUGCAGCCAGCCAGCAGCCUGGGUAUGAGCAGACUUUAGUCAGGAAAGCAAAAUGUCCCAAGCUGGUGCUCCUCUAAGAAGGAUUGUAGAAAAUACAUCUUCUCUGAAGUUGCCUUGUAUCUUUUUGCCCUGGCUCUUUAACUGUGCAGGUAAUAAAUUUAUACCCCAUCCUCUAAGUUAUGAAGCCUUAGGAACAGGAGAAUGAUUUUUCUCUGGAUGCACCAUCAGACUUGAGACUAACUUGCCGGUCUCUUCCUUAAUCUUUGCCAUCACAUUCUUUUGGCUCGUGCUGAAGAAAUAACUGCCCCAUUGGAAGUACGCCUAGCUGGGUCAGUUGGCUUUUAUUGAGUCUACCUUCUGGCAAUCCUUAAUUAUUAGAGAAAUGCUUACAAUGACCAGCAUAUACACGGCUGCUUGGACACCCUAAAGGAACCUGGGAUGUGCUGCAAUGGGUUUUGGAGCUGGCUCUGAUGGUGCAUCUCUUGCUGGAUGGCUUGGCAUCCUUCAGGGAGAGGUGGAAAGAUAGACCUGUGUCAGUUGAAAAGAAGUGCAGGGAGAGGCUUCUGGUGUUUGGUGUGACACCAUAUUGGGACCAGUUGAGGGAACCCCUUUUUCUGCAUUUUGCUCAUGAGUAACCUUGAACCUGUAAGAGGGGCUCCAACCCCUGAGGAUCAUGUGCAGUGUCUCUACAUAGACCAUCUGGAGUAUCAUAAGGAUUUUACCAAAAAUAUAUUUUGGUUUGCAAAUUCAAAAAAUUUUAAAACUUAGGGAAUCUUCUUUAUCUUCCACAAUUUAAAUUUCUUGUAGACUCAUUAGUGUUGAACCAAUGCUUUUUCAUGUCUAAGUUCUUUGUAUAUGCAUUCUUUUCAGAUGUAUUAAAGUAUCUUCACAAGCCUG